CCAUUUGUCCCGCCUUCCACUAUUUCUUCACCCUUUCUCAACGACGGAGCUAGGUUGUGCGUCCCUGGUACAGAGCGAAGAACAACAGAAUUGACAGCCACGACUCUAGUCAAGGGGAAGAUGGAGCACAGAGAUAACGACUUCAAUUUUUUAUUAGCCACCGAUUCCUACAAGGUCACACAUUACAAGCAGUACCCCCCAAACACUAGCAAAGUGUACUCCUACUUCGAGUGUCGUGAGAAGAAGACAGACCCCGCCAAAACCAGAAAAGUCAAGUAUGAGACGACCGUUUUCUAUGGUUUGCAGUACACACUCCACAAAUACUUAAAAGGGAAGGUGGUCACCCCAGCGAAGAUUCAGGAAGCCAAGGAGGUCUACAGGGAACACUUUCAGGAUGACGUGUUCAAUGAGAAAGGCUGGAACUACAUCUUGGAGAAGUACGAUGGUCACCUGCCCAUUGAGAUAAAGGCAGUGCCGGAGGGCAGUGUAAUACCUCGUGGGAAUGUACUCUUCACUGUGGAAAGCACCGAUCCAGAAUGCUACUGGCUAACCAACUGGGUGGAGACUAUCCUUGUCCAGAUCUGGUACCCCAUCACUGUGGCAACCAACUCACGGGAACAAAAAAAGAUCUUGGCAAAGUACAUGAUGGAAACAUCCGGGAACCUGGAAAAGCUGGAAUACAAACUCCACGACUUUGGCUAUAGAGGCGUGUCUUCACAAGAGACGGCUGGGAUUGGUGCCUCCGCACACUUGGUGAAUUUCAAAGGAACAGACACGGUGGCUGGAAUUGGUGUGAUCAAGAAGUUCUAUGGAACCAAGGACCCUGUGCCUGGGUUUUCAGUACCAGCUGCAGAGCACAGUACCAUCACUGCCUGGGGGAAGGAUCACGAGAAAGACGCCUUCGAGCACAUCAUCAAGCAGUUCCCCAAUGUGCCCGUGUCCAUCGUCAGCGACAGCUACGACAUCUACAAUGCCUGCGAGAAGAUCUGGGGCGAAGACCUCCGGAGCCUGAUCGUGAAGCGAAGCGCCGACGCUCCCCUGGUGGUGCGGCCAGACUCAGGGAACCCACUGGACACCGUGCUGAAGGUCUUAGAGAUUUUGGGCAAGAAGUUCCCCCCCAAGGAGAACAAUAAGGGUUACAAAGUUCUUCCCCCCUACAUCAGAGUCAUCCAGGGAGAUGGUGUGGACAUCAACACGCUGCAGGAGAUUGUGGAGGGCAUGAAGCAGCACAAGUGGAGCAUUGAGAACAUCGCCUUUGGCUCAGGAGGGGCUCUCCUGCAGAAACUCACCAGGGACCUCCUCAACUGCUCCUUCAAGUGCAGCUACGUGGUGACCAACGGUCUCGGGGUAAAUGUGUUCAAAGAUCCUGUGGCAGACCCCAACAAGAGGUCCAAGAAGGGUCGUCUUUCUUUGCACAGGACAGAGAGUGGAAACUUUGUCACUCUGGAAGAAGGAAAGGGGGAACUCGAGGAGUUUGGAGUGGAUCUACUGCACACAGUGUUUCAGAAUGGGAAGAUUGUGAAGACGUACACCUUCGAUGAGGUCCGAGAAAACGCCAAGCUGAAGGAUAGUGAGCUGGAGGAGCUCCUUCACUGAGUCCUCUCUUGAUCACGCCAACUACCCCCCCCCCACCCCUCACUAUACCCCACCCCAUCCCCCAAAACCUCUGCCUCCUAACCCCUCACACACCCUCUAUAGCACUAUCCUCCACAGGGCCGAGAGCAUUAGAACCCCACCACAACGUCCAGUCCCAGGCCUCAGCAGCUGACAGCGAGAGGAAGAGGGAGGGAGAGAGUGGAAAGGGGGGGGGGACACUGAAGAGAGAAUGAACGAGGGAAUGAAGAGGUGCGAGAGGGGAAGAUGGAAGGAGGAGCAAACCAACAAACACGCUGUACCCUGUGUUCUGUGUACAGAGCUGUUCUGUCUUUCAAUUUCCAGAAUCUGCUAAGCUUUGAUGUCUUUUCUGAAUGGACGGGAAAAAAAGUAUAUAUAUAUAUAUAUAUAUAUAUAUAUACAAAUCAUAAUAUCAUGGUAUACAAAUCAUUUAAAUUGCGGUAAUGUAAACUGUGUAUUUGACCAAGCAUUGCUAAUGAUCACACAUCUUUGCGGGAAAGUAGAUAUAUGUGUAUAUUGAAGAGAGUUUUGAGAUCUUUUUUUUCAGUUGUAGGACUGGAAGAUAGCGAUUUAGUGUUUUUUGAAUGUGAAUGUUGUGUAUGGAGAUCUUUUUAAAACACUUGUUUCAAAGGAACAUUGUUCCUUAUGCAAAAGAAAUGGACUGGUUACAUUGUAAUCGGUAAAAUGACAACUUUGUCUGCCUUUUCAAGGAACCAUAUAGCUUUUCCCUUUCCCUCUUAUGGAUGAAUAUUAAAUAAAGUUGCCAAGUGAGUAGAUGCGAAUAUUGCUGAGGCACUCUUCAGAAGACAGUGAAAACAAAGGUAUCUAUGGCAACUAGAAUGCCUCCUGUUUUUUUUCUAUUGUUGUUACUACUACUACUACUUCUAUUAUUAUAAGUUGUACAAGUACUACUUGUCAUCCACGUUUUCUGUCAGUUGGAAAACAGAUGGAUCAUGCCAUUAAAUAUGGGAAACACGUUAGACUGGCUUGUUUUGCUAUUUUGUAAUAAUCAUUGUUUCGAACUCCAGAAAUCAUUAUUUUUUAUGACUGAAGAAGAAUAUUUGCCAGAGUUAUUGCAUUGAAAUAUCCAUACUUACAAUAAUGUGGCCAAAAUGCCUUCUCUCUUGUAGAAAACAUGUUGUAUGUUUAUGAAAGGGAGCUGGCUGAUUAGAAGGUAAUAGAUGUAUUGUUAUUAUUUUUGUCUAAUGCCCAUUUUAUACCAACAGAGUUUGCCUACCUUCUAAGUUCUAGUGUGAUAGUAUUGUGUGGUCAGCCUCUAGCUUAUACGUGUGUGAAUGUGUAUGUAUGUACAGUCUAGUUUGAAUGUGAAAUUGAUUGAUUGCUUAUGUUUUAAGUAUAUUUUUGUUCUGUUUUUAUGUGUGUGUCGGUUGUCCUGUUUUUUACCCUUUUCCUGACUCUUCCUCUGAUAUUUUACGUCACAUAACGAUUGCAGUGUUGUCAACAUUAAAAGAAAAUCUACCCUGUCUUUACCGAACUGUUUUUUAAGGUAAAUUGAAAAAGGUGAAAGAAUUCCCUUUUCUAGCUGCUGUAAAGUCAAUGAAAGAUUUCCCAAUACACUAGCAUUCAAUCUGGUAGUAAAUUUAAUCACAUUUUGAAGUGACAUUGUGCUAGGAACAUAAGUGUGGAAGUUUAAAUAAAAAGCAAUAUCAUACCAA